GACCUUUGGGAAGAGGUCGGAGGUCAGGGGUGAUCUCGGGGAAGAUGGCGGCGGCCUGGCAUGUCUCCCCCGCACCGCGGCGGCCCGGCCGCUGUCACCAGGCCCCCGGCUCCAUGAGGGGUUGAGCCUCCGGCUGCGAGGGUGUGAAGGGGGCGGGGAGCCCCGGGGGCUGCGGCCUCCUCCCGCUGCCGCGGCGCAGGGGGUAUUUGUAGAGCACCAGUCACUGAAACAUUUGUGUACAAUUCUAAGCAUAAAGAGAAAAAAAUAGGUGCUGAGACCCAUAGCCAUGGUGUCAUGGAAAGGGAUAUACUUCUUACUUGCACUGUUCUUGGCAAGUUUUUUUGGGAGCAUUUUCAUGCUCAGUCCUUUUCUACCUUUGAUGUUUGUCUCCCCGACCUGGUAUCGCUGGAUCACAGACCGCAUCGUGGCCACCUGGCUCACACUCCCAGUGGCUUUGCUGGAGAUGGUGUUUGGUGCAAAGGUGGUUAUAACAGGUGAUGGGUUCAUCCCCGGAGAAAGAAGUGUCAUCAUCAUGAACCACCGGACACGAAUGGACUGGAUGUUCCUAUGGAAUUGCCUGCUGCGAUACAGCUACCUCAGACUAGAAAAAAUCUGUCUCAAAUCCAGUCUCAAAAGCGUUCCAGGAUUUGGUUGGGCAAUGCAAGUUGCUGCCUUUAUUUUCAUUCAGAGGAAAUGGGAAGAUGACAAGAACCACUUCGAAAAUAUGCUGGAUUAUUUCUGUGACAUUCGUGAGCCACUGCAACUCCUCAUCUUUCCUGAAGGAACUGAUCUCACAGCCAAUACCAAAGCCCGCAGUAAUGAAUUUGCUGAAAAGAAUGGACUCCGGAAAUACAAAUAUGUCUUGCAUCCACGAACUACUGGUUUCACUUUUGUAGUAGAACGUCUAAGGGAAGGUCUUCGCUGUAACCCAGAGACAGAAAAAACAGAACAGUGAUUAGGAAAUAUUGACCUGCUAGCCUUAAAAUAUUAUAUUUAUAUGAGUAGAAUACUCUGAACUUGCUAAUGAAUCUUUGUGAAUUCUACCAUGAUUUUGAGUUUUCAGUUGUACCCUGAAGCUCUAAUCAGUGGUAAUUGUCAUAGAAACUGUCCAUUGUAGUGUCUAUAUUUAUCUAGUUCUCAAAAAUGUUUCCUAUAGGUAAUAACCUUGAUGCUAUCCAUGACAUAACUGUGGCAUACCCUCAAAACAUUCCGCAAACAGAGAAGCACCUUCUGAAUGGAAACUUCCCAAAGGAGAUACAUUUUCAUGUCCAUAGGUAUCCAGUACAGACUCUGCCAACUUCCAGGGAAGAGCUGCAGCUCUGGUGCCAGAAGCGAUGGGAAGAGAAAGAAGAGAGACUCCAGUUGUUCUACGAAGGUGAAAAGUACUUUGAUGUAACAGGGCGAAGCAUAAUUCCACCUUGUAAAUCUGAGCUCAGGGUCCUAGUGGUUAAAUGCAUCUCGCUCCUGUACUGGACAUUGUUCACACUAGGUAUGUUUGUGUUGCUGUACUUGUACAGCUUUGUGCGAUUGUAUUGUGUGACUGCAGUUGUCAUUUUUGUUGUGCAACAAAAAAUAUUUGGUGGGCUGGAAAUAAUUGAACUUGCAUGUCAUCAAUAUUUUAAUAAACGACAGAAUGGAUAUGGCAGGAAAACAGAAUAACAAGUCUAGUGCUGUUAUAGGAGAGGGAGGUAAAGGAUGUUUUUGAGACUUACCACAGACUUUGUAAACAGGGAAGUGUUUUUGCAUGAAAAUUGUCUUUUUUCUUUUUUACACUACCGCCAUUAUUUGUUAAAGGUAUUUUGCACUUAUUCUGUGAAAAAGAAAUACUAGUUACUGCUAUGUGUGAAAACUAUCGUUUUUAUCUUUGAAUGUAAUUUCUAUAUUGCUCUUGCAAGCAGCUAGCAACUGCUGCAUACUGUAGCUAUGAAACAACUUGCUGGAUUAUUUAACAAUCAUUAGGAUGUUAAUAAAUGUGAGGUACACCGAACUUUUUAAAACUGCAGAUCCAAACUGUUCAGCUAAGGGAGACAGAUCUGUGAUUCCUGUACAAUCACGUUGGCCUAAACUAAGCACCAGACUUGCUCAUUUAGCAACUAACAUGUGUGCGCACGUGCAGUCCUAACAUUUUCACAUUUAUUUUAAACCCUUUUCCCACACACUUCCCCAAACAGGACUGAGCAUACUGCUACCCAACCCCGCUGAAAAAGUGAGAAACUAAAUGGGGAUUCUAACUUGGGUGUGUCAUGUUGUGGUGCAGGUAGGGCCAUCCACUCUGCCCCACUCUGACUCUAAAUUGACUUUUUUGCAAGACCUACAUUUCUAGGUUUGGCUCCCUCAAUGUGCUGUAUGGCCGUCACCUAUGUAAUAGCCCUUACCUCUGGGAGACUUCGAGUUGGUCCUUCUGCUGAAGCAAAACCAGCUGGGGGCAUGUUGCAUUUGCUAAACAGCGAGCAGAUGUUAACAAUUUCUCUGUAUAGAAGAAACUUGUCUGAAAACAAUACAUCUUUUUUGGAGAAAGUGAGAGGUCUUUUAGUUGAAGCUGCUACUUUGGCUUUUAAAAUGUUUUCUUCGUCGUUUUAAUCUUUAAUGUCUACAGUAGGAAGACUGCUUUUUUCUGUUUCCACAUCAGUGUGACCCUCUAAAAUUCAGCCAAAGCCACAGUUAGUUAUCUCCAGUUAUAUGGCAAGAGAAGUGUCUCAGCCUAUCAUAGCACAGGACAAGCUACACUAUUUCUCUUCCCAAACACAAUAUCCUUCUUGACUACCCAAUCACGUCAUUCCUCUUCUACUCAGGCCACUCCUCUGCACAAUCUUUCACUGUUUAGACUCUCCCAUUGAAAAUUUAUCCACGGCCCUCUCCUUUUAUGUGGCAUUGGUGGAAAGUCAGAGAAAUCAAAGGUUUUAGGCCUUUCAGACCCUUACAAGGUAGCGGAUGCUGGAUUUUUUGAUGGGGCUGGUUCCUGUCAGAUAAUAGGAAUAACAUUCAUGGCAGCAAAGUAUAUGGAAUAAACAAUUCCAGCACUUAAAUUCCCCUGCCUGACUUUGGCGGUCAACCUCAAAACAAUGUAUUGCUUUGUAUAUUCCAGUGCCACAGAACACCCCUUACUUACUAAACUUGCUGCACAAAAGACUUCGAAAAUGCUUGUCUAUAUCAAGGUAGUCUGGCUCACUAUGUGGAGUUAUAUUACUUCGAAAUCUAGACAUGUGCAAUCAAGAGUUUGUCAUGUAUAAAGCAGAACCACUCAAAUAUUGGUUCAUCAUUGCAGACAAAUCAUUUUUCUUUUAAAUCUCAAUACUAGGCAUGUUCUUCAAUGCGUUUGAAUCUAGGGCCACUGUUGGAUUAAAUUGCCUACCUAUAUUUAACUAUCCCUUCCAAGGUGACAGCUGUUUUUAAUCCCCGCUCAUAGCGACUAAUUAGUUAUUAUGCACAAGUACUUGAAGCCAUCUGUUUUACUCCAUGAAUUUUUUUAAAACCUUUUUUCCUUUCUAAAAAUGGCUUCUAAUUGAGGCUUAAGUCUCCUAACAAACUUCCUCUUGUUAUAUUUAGAAAUGCAUGAAUAAAUAGCUUGAUGGCUGGCAUUGCAUUGUCAUGAAUGCAGCAGAAAAGGAAGGUCUUUCUACACUUUGGAAGGGGGCGAUGUUUUUAAUGCAGUUCUAUUCUAGCAAAAAUAUGGUUGCUGGUUACAUUUACAUCCCAUCGUUUUCUUUAAGAUAACACUCAAUUUUGGUCAACUCCCUGCACUUCCAGCUAUCUCUCAUCCUGCAAUGGGAAAAAAAAGUCUUUUUUGUCUAAUUUAAAGGCUUUUUACCUGUCCAAGACUUGGGCUCUUCAUUCAUGCCUGUAAUAACGAUUGCCUGCUCCUAGAGCCGUAACGUAGAGCCCGAGUGAGGAUUGCAGAGCGCAGACUUCUCAUCAUUAACACACAGAUCAGCUGCAUUCCUUUCUGCCCUUACAUGAACUUUGGGAUGUCUUAAAGUGAAUCAGAAACCUAAGCUGGAGUCUUGUUCGCUCCCAUUUCUACUAUGUUUUUUAAGUCUAUUUUGUUACAGAGUUAAAAACUGUUCAAAAUUCUAACAUGAAACUGUAAUGGAUAGUGGCCUUUAAAGAGACACUAUACAUCCCAUUGAGGCCAAAUCUGUAAUAUACCCUUAAUGUGGGAACCAACCUCCAAAUUGUAACUUGAAUUUCUCUCGUGUAUUCACCAUUCUUUUUUUUCUAUUAUUAUUAUUUAUUUUUAUGAAGAGCCACAAGUUUAGUGGCAUGUAAAUACUACAUGUUAGGAUUGCCUGACCCAACAACACAGAGCUGCACAAGUUAAGUAAAAAAAUUUCUCACAAGCGGAGUUGAACUCACUUCUGAGGCUGAUGUACAAACGUGGAAAUUAACCAGAAACCCACAUCUAUUUCCAGAUCAAUUUGAGAUGUAAAAAGGAGAGAUUGUUUGGAGCCCAGGUAAUAAAAAAAGAGAAAGUUGGUAGGAGGCAGGAGAUGCGUUGCUCAAUAGAUUUGAUCAGAAAAUGGGGAAAACUCUUUGGGAAAAUAUUCAUUUUCCACUUUUUAUUGAAAUGUCACUUUUAUCUGGCCAACUUCCAAGAGAUGUUUUUUUCAUUCCGCCUUGUUUGUUUAGUUGAAACUCCACACACAAAAACUGCCAGACCGCUCUCUUUUUAACAUCUCUUUCCUUUGAAAUGUUUCCAUUGCUGCUGGAUUGGAAGGCUCUGGUGCUCUGGGAAUCAAACACACUGAUCUUUCAAGGGAAGCAUAUUGGCAGCAAGAGACCUCUCACUUCAUUAGCACAAUUUCUCAGAGCUACCGUUCUCUUUCCUCCCAAUAGCUAUGCCCUGUGCGUUUUACCGUCACUCUACUGGCUUAACAUGUCUGUUAGAUAAUACAUUUCUUGAGAUAAAUGAUGUGCUUAACCUGCCUUUAAGGGUGCUGUUCAUUUUCCUUAGUCAAAUGUUUCCUUAUCAGAAUUAUGGGUCUCUUUCUCUUCGCUCAGACAGAAGGUUGAACUGUUCAGUCUGUGUUUGUCACCAAGCUCAUUCAUCAGUCUGAGACUGAUCUUUUUUGUGUUGAAUGUUAGUAACAUGGGAACCAUUCGUGGGUCUGUAACGUGUUGUGUUGAUCAUACUAAACGUAGUCUGUAGUUCUGUGCACUACACCAAUCUCAGAUGUUUCCAAAAAGGAAUCUGUGUUUUUAUAGCUUCAUUUUAUAAGUACGUUGUAUGAAAACAAAUACUGGGAUAGAACAAAUCUACAGAAUAGCCUUAGUUUUCAAAGUCCACCGAUACGUUAGAAUGUUUUAGCCAUGUAUCUGUUACUUUCUGUACAGAAACAAUAAAGACUUAGUGCAUUUA